CACCAACUUAAGCCUGACUACUUACUCUUGACCAAGUUUUUCUACGUUUUGCACACUGGUAUUCCUUCUUACUCCAGAACCUUCUGCUUGACUCAAACCCACUGAUUUACUUGUCACUAGAUUGGCCAUUCAGCAGGCAUUUGGAACAUCUCACUUAUUUCUUUUAAUCCUUGGUUCGGUUUUAUCAAUCAGCCUCAGAAUACUAUAAAUUGAUUGACCAUGUCAACGAAAAAACGUACGGCGGUUAAUCCCAUGACGUCUAUGGAGAGCAGUGCCUCCAAGACCCAGGAUACUCCUAAUGUAAUUAACGGCAUCAAGCUUAGCAACGAGCCUGAUGCCGGAAAAGUUAUCACAGUUUUAGCAAAUGACGGUAAAACUGGCGAGGCAAUCGAAUUGUCUUAUUCUAAUAACAAAGUAAUUGGCAACGGGUCGUUUGGCGUUGUUUUUCAAGCAAAACUCAUUCCUUCUGGAGAGUUUGGCGCCAUUAAAAAAGUUCUUCAAGAUAAGCGCUUCAAGAACCGUGAACUCCAGAUUAUGCGUCUAGUUGCACAUCCCAACAUUGUUGCAUUGCAGGCGUUUUUUUAUUCCAACGGUGAAAAAAAAGACGAGGUGUUUUUAAAUUUGGUACUGGAGUAUGUUCCUGAAACUGUUUAUAGAGCGUCAAGGCAUUUUGCAAAGAUGAAGCAAUCCAUGCCCAUGUUGAGUGUUAAGCUUUACAUGUAUCAAUUGUUUCGUUCAUUAGCCUAUAUUCACUCUCUUGGAAUCUGCCAUCGUGAUAUCAAACCUCAGAAUCUAUUGUUGGACCCUAAUCUUGGUAUCUUGAAGCUAUGUGAUUUUGGUAGUGCCAAAAUUCUAGUAGCUGGCGAACCCAACGUAAGCUACAUUUGCUCUAGAUAUUACCGUGCGCCAGAGUUGAUUUUCGGGAGCACAAACUACGAUGUUAGCAUAGAUGUUUGGUCAAGUGGAUGUGUUAUGGCUGAAUUAAUGCUUGGUCAGCCGCUGUUCCCGGGUGAAUCUGGCGUCGAUCAGCUUGUAGAAAUUAUUAAGAUGCUUGGCACACCUACCCGCGAGCAAAUCAAGUCCAUGAAUCCUAAUUAUACCGAUUACAAAUUCCCCCAGAUUAAGGCAUGUCCAUGGAGCAAGGUGUUUAGGUCGCGGACAACUACUACAGAGUCAUUGGAGCUAAUUGCCAAGCUUUUAGAAUACACACCCACCAAUCGUCCGAGUUCCGUUGAAGCAAUGAUACAUCCCUUUUUUGAUGAAAUCAAGAAGCCAGAGACCAAGCUGCCUAAUGGACGGGAUCUUCCAGAGCUCUUCAACUUUUCAGCACUGGAGCUUUCAAUUCAGCCUGAAUUGAAUCGACAACUUGUUCCUCCACAUGCAGAGCCACUAUUGAAAUUGAAAGGAAUCGAUUUGGCUAGUUUCCAGCCUGUCAAGAUUCAGAAACCAACUACGUUGAACGAUUAGAUUGGCCGUUAACUAUAUAAUGUCAACUAUACUUGGCGUGGAUAGUUUUUGGAAAUACCAUAUUAUUGAUCUUCACUUUCCCACU